AUGACCGAGGAGAAGAAGGAGCGGCUCUUGAUGCGUGGAGUCGAAGAGCAACUCUUUGCUGACCUCGUGCGUAAUCCUCCUGCUAUUACAGCGCAGUUCCUUCGGCUCGGCUGGUGGGCGUCAGCCGGUGCGACAGAGGCUGUUUGUCCCGAGGGUCACUUUCCCUGCAAGACAGGCAAGGACUGCGUGCGACGGCAGUUCAUUUGCGACGGCAGGGCUGACUGUCCCGACAGCUCUGACGAGCUCAGCUGCGGAGACGAGCACAUUCGAGAGUUCUUCGAGAACUAUUUCCAAAAGAGACUGGAUGAAGACCGGGAGAAUAAGACUGAGAAAUGCGACUGGGUGUAUCCGGGCUGUCGCUGCGUGGAACGGAGCUUUUAUUGCGAAAAUACGGGCCUCACUGAGCUGCCAGCGACGGUGCCGAGAGAUGCUAUGGACCUGGAUUUAUCCGGAAACGUCUUCACAACGCUGCAUACGAACGACUUCCCUGCAAUGCCGUACCUUGAGACACUGUCAUUGUCCUCAUCGAAAGUCGAAGAGCUCUCUGAAAAAGUGUUUGAGAAUCUUCCGAGCUUGAAAGAAGUGUACCUCAUGGGAAACGACAUCGUUUGGCUUCGUGACUACACUUUCCAAGGAAGCAAAGAACUGGAAAAUCUUGUAUUAUCGCACAACGCUAUCCGAGACAUAUCGACCGAAGCAUUCAGUGGUCUUGAGAACCUCAGCGUUCUAGAUCUUAGAAGUUGCGCCCUGAGAAGGAUCCACCACAAGCUUUUUCGGCACCUCGAAAGCCUCACAAGCCUGUGGCUUGACGAAAAUUCUAUCGAAACUUUGCCCCCGGACACCUUCGCUCCAUUGAAGAACCUCGAAAUACUAUCGCUAACGAAGAACAAGCUGUCUCGGCUUUCAUCAACAUGCUUCAGUGGCCUCUCGAUGCUCCUUACCUUAAACCUGGCGUACAACAAGAUUCGCGUCCUCGAAACACCAUUCCUCGGGUUGGAAGAACUGCUCAACAUAGAUCUGGAAGGCAACCUGCUGGACUUCGUUCCUCCUGAAACCUUUCAACCGCUGAAGCGGCUGCAAUCACUAAACAUAAAGAAGAACACGCUUCGCAGCUGCUCACCACAAGUCUUCGCGCACCUGCAGAAUCUGACGCACAUUUACUUCAGCGAGUUCAGCAUGUGUUCGAUGGCUCUGCACGUUCGAGUCUGUGAGCCCCGUGGGGAUGGCAUCAGCAGCCUGGCGCAUCUGCUGGACAACGUCGUUCUACGCAUAGCUGUUUGGAUUGUGGCCAUCAUUGCCUGCGGCGGGAACUUACUGGUCCUCGUCGGAAGGGUCAUGUUCAGAGAACACAACGAGGUGCACUCCUUCUACAUCAAGAACCUCGCGCUCGCCGACCUCCUCAUGGGAGUGUACCUGCUGGUAAUAGCGACGCACGACGUCAAGUUUCGAGGCGAGUACAUCCGACACGACUACCGGUGGCGCCACUCGUGGGGCUGCAGUGCGUCCGGCCUGCUGUCGACGGUGAGCAGCGAGGCGUCCGUAUUCACGCUGACCGUCAUCACGGUGGACAGGUUCGUCUCCAUCCUGUACCCGCUGUCCAUCAAGAAGCGCACGCUGCGGUCGGCCACCUGCUGCAUGAUCUGCGUCUGGCUCACGACGCUGCUCAUGGCUGCCGUUCCCAUGUUGUGGCCGGACUACUACGGAUCAGACUUCUACGGGAGCAACGGCGUCUGCUUGCCAUUGCACAUUCACGACCCAGGAACAAAAGGUUGGGAAUACUCGGCGUUUGUGUUCUGCACGGUGAACACCAUCGCGUUCAGCUUCAUCGCUUAUGCCUACCUGAGCAUGUUCGUCACCAUCAAACACUCGAAAGUUGGCCUGCGCUCAACUCAGCAGCUACACGACCGCGCUAUCGCCAAACGCUUCGCAUUCAUCGUGGGCACUGACUUCAUGUGCUGGAUGCCCAUAGUCAUCAUCAAGAUCAUCGCCAUCGCAGGGAUUCCCAUCGACGAGACCCUGUACGCCUGGGUCGCCGUGUUCCUCCUGCCAGUGAACACUGCCCUGAACCCCGUGCUGUACACGCUCACGACGCGGCUGUUCAAGCAGCAGCUGCACUGCUUCCUGGCCAAGCUGCGCGAGUGCCGGCAGGCGUCGGCCGAGCGCCACUCGGCGCAGUCCUGGUCCUCGCUGCCCUACGACCGGAGCUUCAAGCGCCACUUUCCUUCAACAAGCUCUGACCUCACGAUCGGACCCCUGAGGCCAUCGUCACCGCUGAGGCCGCACUGCGUGCUCACUCAGGCGCGACACAUCGCAUUGUGCGAACAGAUUGCGCAGCAUGGCAAGGCCUUCCAACGGCGCGAAGACUUUGUGUAGGAAAGUGACGCCGACGCACCAGCGCAGAGCAGACCAAACUGUACGUUUUACGCCCUACGAGUGCUUGCUUCUACGCCGAACGAAAACGACCAUUUGAACGAUGAGCCCUCAGUGCGAAAUAACGAUCACUGCCUCCAAUGAAGAUGGCCUCACGUCGACACCAGCUCCCUCAGACUGGCCCUCACACUCACCCUCGCUCCAUCGCCACUGGAAUCUUUGAAGUGGCGCUCACUGUGCAGUGUGUGGCUAUGUGCUUUCAGUGUAAUAAGUGCACGGGGCGACAUGCGCCCCUUGACGCAUAUCACUUCAUCUAUUCUUGUUCAAAACCGAAAGGGUAUGUAUUGGGCAUGCUAUAAUACAAAACCUGUAUAAAAAUUAAGUAAUCUUCACAAGCAAGCAGUGUCCUUUACAAGUGCGAUACUAGAGACAUGUACAUACGAGUUACCGGACAAAAUCUGACGGUGGAUGUGCGACCUUAUGUGAAAUGUAAAUUUAUGAAGAAGAAAGGAAUACUGUGUCCCCUGUUAUCCUAACCACUUAGCCCUCCCCGCAGUACAGAUCAUUCCCCGAUGACCACCGAGGUGAUGCUUGUAAUGUCAAUGUUACAUCUCCAGUAGUUGUCCCUUUGUCCUACGCAAACGAUCCUCUCCCAGUCACGCCCUUCUGCCUCGCUUUGCUUUAGACUCUCAUUAGUGAAACUCUUUAUGACUGUGCUCAAAUCAUGAGAGAGGAACACAAAUUCAAUGGUGCUCCCGAUACUCGUUGUUAUUUUUAUAUAAGCAUACAAUCGUUCUCAAUCUGCACUUUUACGUAAGCGAGAUUCAUUUACAUUUGCCGUGGAAUGUCUACAAUUUCGUUCAUGCGGUUUCUAUGUCGCCGUGCUUCAAAUAUACAUAUUUCAUUGUUCAUCACUGUACACCACCGAAUGGCAAUACCUGCAAAGCAGGGAGGUUGUAAAAGGAAUGCGCACAAUAAAUGUUACAUG